UAGGCUGAAACGUUUGGGAACCCCUGCUCUAGGGGACCAAGUGUAAUUCUGACCUCCCUGGAAAACAACCUGUUACUGUGUUCGUGAACUGUUUUCCCAGCUCAAAUACAAGCAGACAAAACUAUAGAUGUAGCUUUAAAUUAGCUCUGCGAAGGUAACUUUCAAACUAACAUGUGGGCAUCUGGUGCAUUUCGUCAGGCCGUUCCGUGUGAAUUCAACUCCUCUUGCGGUCAGCAGGGGGACCCAAGAAGCUGCAAAGUCUGCAUUGGAAGCUCGAGUUGCUGCUUCAUUUAACAAAAAAUGGGAGAUUGGUCCAUCCUCGGCCGGUUCCUGACCGAAGUUCAAAACCACUCGACCGUCAUCGGCAAGAUCUGGCUGACGAUGCUGCUCAUCUUCCGCAUCAUGCUCGUGGCCCUCGUGGGCGACGCCGUCUACAGCGACGAGCAGUCCAAGUUCACCUGCAACACCCUGCAGCCCGGCUGCAACAACGUCUGCUACGACACCUUCGCCCCCGUCUCUCACCUGCGCUUUUGGGUUUUCCAGAUUGUCCUCGUCUCCACGCCGUCCAUUUUCUACAUCAUAUAUGUCUUGCAAAAGGUUACCAAGAACGAGAGCCAGGAGGUCAGGAAGGUGAAUUUGGUGCCCAAGGCCUCACCUUCGCUUGAAACCAAAAGCCCUUUAAGAAUAGAGAGAGACACGGCGCUGGAUGCCGGUCAUCCUCAUGAUAAUAGCUCUGCAGACGAGGACUGGAGCUCGCAGGAAGACGAGUACGAGGACAGGAGCCAGCUGGAAGGGGACACGAAAGAGGUAGGGGAGGACCCGACUCAACUUUCAAGUAGAGUGCUACUCAUUUACAUCAUGCACGUUCUGCUGCGCUCCAUCAUGGAGAUCGUCUUCCUCGUGGGGCAGUAUUACCUGUUCGGAUUCGAAGUGCCGCACCUGUUUCGCUGCGAGACCUACCCGUGUCCGAACAGGACCGACUGCUUUGUGUCGCGAGCGACAGAGAAGACCAUCUUCCUCAACUUCAUGUUCAGCGUCAGCCUGGGUUGCUUCGUCCUGAACAUCGUGGAGCUGCAUUACCUGGGCUGGAUUUACAUCUUCAGAGUGCUGUUCUCGGCGUGCUGCGUGUGCUCCGACUCGGACAGGGAGCCGGUGCGGCAGGUGGCUUUGUAUUCCUACAGCAACCCGCUGUUGCUUGAGCUCAAGCACUCUUUGCGUGGGAGAGUCGUCCUGCAGGCCGCCGCAGCCGCGUCCAAAGGCCCGAGCCAGGUCCCCUCCAUCUCCUUUGAGACCGACUCUACUCUGGAGUGCACUUCGACGAGAAACUCGGAUGAAAGGGAGCACAGCAAGGCGAGAAUCCACAGCGUGGCCAAAAUAGGACAAGGAAAAAAGUCUUGGCUGUGAAUUUGUUUUUCAUGUAAUACUUUUUUCUUCUUCU